UUAUUGGAUCAUCAGUUACGUUCUUAUAACUUUUUUAUCUAAACUUACUUACCGUUCAUUAUUUCAAGUGUUAAAUAUAUAUUUUUUUUAUUGCUAAAAAUGUAUUGAAUGACCAUUUACUUUAAUUUGUAAAACUACAUAAAAUAAGAAGAUCAUUGAACAAAUUCGUCACUCGACAUAACUCCGGGGUUUCACCAAAUUCCCUUAGCUCCAAACAUUAGUGAAAAAUGCGACUCCAAGCAGUAAUUUUCAUAGUGUUUCUAUGUAAAAGUGAAGGGUUGAUGAAACAUCAUAAAAUGGGUAAAAGCAAGAGUAUAACAACCAAUGAGAUAAAAUACAGUGAAUUGGAUGAACAUACAUUAGUGACAGAUAGUAAUAUAUUUCCUUAUGUGGUCGCUGUUCUGAAAAUGUCAAGAUAUUUGAGUGCUGGUGCUUUGAUAGACGAAAACUGGGUGCUUACUGCCGCUGAUGCAUUGUUUCUAUUACGAGAAGCAUCAAGAACUUUAAGAGUCAGACUUGGCAGCAUAAACUAUCGUAAGGGAGGCUUAGUAUUACCUGUGAAAUACUUCGAAAUUCAUCCCCAUUUUGAUGACAACAGUCCUAUUUAUGACCUGGCCCUCAUAAGACUGCCAGAAACUGUUAGGUAUACUCCCAGUCUUAGAGCUAUAAGGCUGCAGAAAUCUAUGAGGGAAGCUGAUGCUACUCAUUUUAUUGUUACAUCUUGGCCUUAUCCUAUGUCCAGAAAAUCCCAAAUUACAUCUGACGACUCAGAGCACCUACAGUCGAUGGAAGUUAUAAAACGUCGGCGGAUCCUGUCGGUGACGCAUCUUCAUCCAUCAGACCUUGAAGAUUGCAUUGAGGAACUGGCUUCUUUAGGCAUCAAUGAUACGGAUGCCAUGAUGUGUUUAGAUACUGGUGUUAUGAUGGAUCCUUGCAGCAGAGACGUAGGCGCACCAGUAGUACUUAACGACGUGCUAUGGGGCAUAGUAUCAUCUUGGAGACCGAAUAACUGUGAGAGCGAUCUAGCUGGACCCAGCUUCGUAACCCUAGUGUCGGCACCUAACAUCAGCUCAUGGAUUCAUGCUACAGUCACUGGACAUAAGUGGUGAAGAAGAAGGAAGAACAACUGAUAAGGAACAAGAUGUGGAGAAUUAUGGAGAAGAAUACAAAUGAGUAUUAGAAUUUUAAUGACGUAAUGUAAUUUGAUUGUAACGGAUUGUGAAAAUUAGCAUAUGUAAUAAAAAAAUACGUUUAAAUAAAUAGACAAGUCUGAAUGUUUGUCAUUAGGAAUAUUUGUUAUUCAAUCGAAUCAGAUUGGACAAACAAAAUUAUGUUUUUUUAGCUUUAGUUAU